AAUCUCUUUCCAUUUCUCUCUCUCUCUCUCUAUCUGCUCCUCGCAUUCUGUAUUCAUCGUUUCGUUCGUCUGUUACCUCUCAAUUCUAUCUUUCUCUUUGUACAAGGAGCAAUGGGGGACUCUGUCAAGGAUCAGUCUGCUUCUGCCUCCGCUGAUAAAGGGAGAUCGUCAUCGAAACUCAGGUAUCCGCUACGAUCGGCCACCAAGCCGAAGGAGGAGAAACCACAGGCGGGCAAUUCGUCGAACUCCUCUGUCCCCAAGAAAGGAAGACCUUCAUCAAGCGUAAGUAAGAGCGUAGGCAUCCUUGAUAUACCUGCAAAGGACAAACCAGGGAAGCCCCCCAGGAGGCUCUCUACUCCUGCCAAGACCACUGUCAGCCCUGCUCCUGCAUCAAGAACAGUUGGCAAUAUCACUCCAAUUUCUGAGACUAGGUCAAAAAGGUCUACUUAUAGUCAAUCAAAAAAUGCCACACCACUUUCUGAAGUUUCCAGAUCAUCAAACCGAAAGAAAUUCAGUGUUCUGUCAUCAGCUUCAUAUUGGCUGUCACAGAUUAAGCUCUCUGAAUCUGCCGCCAAGCACAAAAUCUCACUUGGGUUUUUCAAACUUGCAUUGGAGGCUGGAUGUGAGCCUCCUCAAAAAAUGAGGAAUGAGCUCAAGUCUUACGCAUGUCGACAUAACUUGGCCGAGCUUGGAGAACCUGUGAAAGAAUUAUUUGAGAGCUAUGAUAUUCUUGAAAGCUUGGAGCAGCUGCAAGUGUCUGAAUCCUGUUCCCAAAUGCCUGAAGAGGGAACUCGUUCAUCCGAUGAUGAUGUACACAGCUCUUCUUCAGUUACUGGAACUAGGAAACUGAAACCAAAGUCUCUGAACCCCGAUGCCACUGCUCAGAAUUCUGAAGUCAAAGAAUCAGCCAAGCAAGGUGCUACGCAGAAAGAUAACCUUCGAAUGAAGACUCGGGGAACUUUGAAUAAAAAUUCUGUGAACACCAGAACUGAUCCAGAAACUGCAGGGCGUUUUGCAUCAAAAAAGUCCCAAAAGCCAACCAAGAAUGAAUGCGAUAAAAAGAAGGAUAAGAACAAACAAGGAAAGAAUGCUGCUUCUGAACAAGGUUCAGUCAAUCCCUUGCCUGCAGACGAGCCACUCCAGGAAAACAAAGAAAACAUGGAUGCUCCAAUGUCGGAACAGAUCAGUUUGAUUGAAGUCUAGACAAAAUCUUGCACCAAGGAUGCUGAAGAAUACAACUCUCUUUUUCUUGAUGAUUUCCUACUGGGGUUUUUUACUUUGUAUAGAUAGGGUUGUGUGGAAGUGCUUGUGUGGUGAUGAAGUCAGUAUUUACUGUUUACAUUUUUUUUUUGGCCUUGUAUCAUUGCUGAUGGUAAUGGUACCCCGUGUCUAGUAACAUACAGUUAUGUUGGUGAUCGAAGAUUGUAUCCAAUUAUAGAACAUGUUUUGUUUCUGCAUUUGGCAAUACCUGCAGGUUGUACAUACAAAAUGAGUUGCUCCCAAUGUUGUCCAUUAAGAUGCA